AUGUGCGUGAGCGGAGUGCGACGACGCAGCGCCGGGGCUCAUCGGACCACGCAAGUGGACCGCUCCCGCCAAUACGGCUUUGCUGUCCGUCUUUUGAUGCACUGCUUGGAUAUCGCGACGCAAACGUACGCCCUGGUGUGUGAAGGCAGCGCAAUGUUGUCGCGUUGGGCCUUUGCCGCUGAGAGGGGGAACUGGUGCCUCCAGAUGCAGAAAGCAACGAGUGUGCCCCCCACCUUCUUUCGAUGACGAUUGCAACUGUUGGGACAACGGGAACACGGCGUGUACAGCUCGGCUAGUAAGGUUGUAUGGAGAACCAGGUAUAGAUAAAUCGUUUGGGCACUAAUACAGUAGAAUCGACUGUGUACGGUACAAGGCGCAUAGCGCACAAUAUAGGUCUCCUUAGCACUUGUGAUGCCGUACUGCAGUAGCUGCAGUUCAAAAUCUUCAUCCCCUCUUGAUGGCUGAGCUCUAGUAGCGCACAAUUCAGGGCAUCAUAUACUCAAAAAUAAUCUCUUCCGCCUGUCCAAGAUGCCUAAAACAGUUUCUGAUAUCGCUGCUCCCAAACCUUGGUUCCCACGUCCCGUCGCUUCUGCUAUGUUCACCACAUGAUUUCGUGAGCCAAUGAUUAACAAAACCCGCAGCGCCCGGCGAACCUACACUACAGAUACGUCUGUCUACUUAAGCAAAGACAAAAGCAAUCUGUUGUUUACGUCGCAAAGAAACAGUAGUAGGGAAGACCUCGAAGAGACGUAUGGAGUGAAGAGGAAGAACAGGCAAGAACAGGUAGUCCAAUGGUGCUCCGAUGGUACUUGGAUACCAUUGAAAGCCUCUCUUGAUCCGAGGAUCAAAAAAGGCUUCCCGCGCGCAUACGUGCGACGUAAUUUCAACGCCCAUACGUAAUGCGCCAGUAAAACACCCAGCGAGACAUAAGGAUCAACAAUAGCGGUAGCAAAACGCAAGCCAACAGAAAACUCCACAAGCAUCAUCAACACAAAGAGCAUCAUUAACAUCAACUUAAACAUAAAACCCGCGCUUUGACACCGCGCGAGAGUAUUCAAUAUGCCCUGCCACGACACUGCUAAUGCCUCUCCCCGUCCGGACGAUAUGACGCUCUGCCAAAGCGCCAUGCGGCGCAAGAACGGCAGCACGUUAAGUCCUGUGGAAAGGCGAUUCAUUCUGGACAAACUCUGGCUAGGCGUUGCGAGCCGCAGCGCCAGCACGUCCGAAGGAUAAACCAUUCCCACUCGCCUUGAUGUGCUGAUGAUCAUCAACACCUUCAGUGGAGACUGGAGAUGAGCAGGUCUGCCAGAAAUCCGGAACAUGAGCACCAGCGUCGAUAGUGACCGCA